AUGCUUGAUGAAGAAAUAUCAAUCUUUUGUCAUUUCUUUUUCCUCCUCUCGUUUACUUUCAGGAAACUAAAAGCUAAGGUUUAUUCGCCCUUCUUUGUCGUCUAUCUCUUUUCAGCAUGUAUUGGUCAUCUUUUUACAGAUGUAAUAAUAGCCCCAAGAGAAGAGAAAGAUGAAAAAGCAUCAUCACUAUCACCACCACCACCACCAUCACUACCACCAUCACCACCACCACCACCACUGCCACCAUCAUUGUCACCAUCACUACUAUCAUCAUCACCACAUCCUCCUCAUUAA